AUGUCGGAACCCGAAAACGGUCCCAAACGACCGACACAACCGUUUUUGCGAAAAGGACAAGGAACGGCACGCUUUGGAAUGGUAUUUCAAGCAACAAAACAUGAGGAAAAGCACAUUUUUUCCAGCAAAAUUCGAGUAGAAAUGCGCCGGGAGCCGGAGCGGCACAAAGUCCCAUGAUUCAGUUGCCGAGAUUCACGCCCACGGUGAGAUUCACGCGCAUUUUUUGUGCGAAAACGCCAAAAUUUGCAGAGUUCGAUACCAUUUUCGGCGCGAACCGUGGACAGCGGAAUUUCGAACGAAGACGAGACGCGGCCGCCGACGACCGCCUCGCUUCCGAUGGACCGCCCGUUCGGUGAGCCGCAGAAUCGGACACCGACAGUAUUGGAAGAGGAAGAGGAAAAAGGAGAAGAAGAAGGAGAAGAAGAAGAAGACGAAGGACACGGAGGAGAAGAAGAGCAAGUACGCCCGGAAACGUUCAUUCCGGACAGCAUGAUCAGCACGGAACCGUGCUCCGAAGCCUCCGCCGACGCACUCAGAUAUCGACAGAUUGCCGAGAAGAUGCACCAGCAAGCACACCAUAUUCAGACGGUAAUUUUUGGCGUUUUUCGCUUUGGAAAUUGUGGAAAAUCGGGCGAAGACCAUCAUUUUUUGUCUGAAAGUGUGAAAAAUUGCCUUAAAAUUGCAGAUUUUUGUCAGUUCUCAAGAAAAUGUCAAUUUCCUUUCAGCUGGCGUCGGUCUCGUCGGCCUCGCCUGCUUCGUACGCCUCCUCGGAUCUUUCCGGGCCGCUCGGCGCCUCCACUCCGAUCCAUCUUCUGCAGGACCCCAACAAUCAGUCCCUGACGCGUCGGGAUCCGCCCACGCAUCAAAAUCAGCCGCUUCCGUUCCAAUCGAUGUCGUCCACUUCCCUGGAGACCCCACAAGCCCGACCGUUUGCGAGUAAUCGCGUCAAUUUGAUGGGUACUCUUAACAUUUUCACGUUUCGCAAAGGAGACACCAUUUUCAGCACAACACGAAGCGCAAACGGGCAUGAGUUUGAUCGAGAAUCGACGGCGCCACGUGCCACGUCAUCAAAAAGAGAAUUUCCAGCAGUUUGAGCACCUUCCGCCGCUCUCCGAGCACGUCUACGAUCAGCCGAUGCCCCAUAUGCCGCCGUCGCAGCCGCCCGCGCAAAACCGCGCCGUCCGAAAUUUGAUGAUUCAAUUGCGGGAUGCGAUUGCGCACGUCGAUUUCGCAGAGGAACAAGUCCGGAAAUCCGGACGACAGCUUCACGAACAAUAUCAGAAAAAGACGGCGUCGAUGGCGGCGGAGUACGAGAGGAAAACGAAGGAGUCGGAGGAGGAGUGGCGACGGAGAAUGGAGGUUUUGGAGGAGGAGCGGCAGACGGAGACGGAGAGGAUCAAGCGGGAACGGCGCGAGAUCGAGAGGGACCGGAAGUUGCUCGAGAAGGGAAAGGGCGAGCGGCAGAGGGAACAGACCAAGAUGGUAAGGAACAGGGCCCAAUUUCUGAAUUCUGAAUCUGAAUUUCUGAAUUUCUAGAUAGGUUUGACUCUAUUUUAGCGAGUAUCUCUUGCAGAUCGAAGAGCUGCGCAAAAAGUACGAGACGGCCGAAACGCAACUGGCAAAACUGCGAAUCGACGUGCGAAAUCGGGACGAUCGGCUGAAAAAGAAGGAGGAGGAGCUGGAAAAAGUGGCGACGGAAUGCGAGAAGAAUAAAAAACGCGUGCGAAUCCUCGACAAACAAGUGCGACAAUUGCGGCAGGCGAAAGAACGCGCCGAGCGGGAGGAGCAAAUGUUCGCGAGGGCGGCCAUCAACCGAACGGGACCACUUCAGCCCUAUCCGAUCGGGACCAGAACCGCCAGACCACCGCCGCAGACGGCCCAGAGAGCUCCGGAAGUGAUCCGUAGACGAUCGGUGAGCUGGGCGGACGAGCCGGAGGAGGACGAGCUGUCCCUCGGAUGCAUCGAGCCAGAGGGACCCGGUCCGCAGCUGCCCGCCAUGGUGAGCAACGGAAAAGAUUGAAAAUUAUUCAUAUUUUGUUCAGAAGCCGUCGGAACGAACGAAAAGUCAAUGGGGACCGUGUACGGUCUACCGGGACCAACUCGGAGAAGCGACGAAAGUGACGAAGACGGCCGAGAACGGAACGCUCGUGGAGUACGCGAACGGCAACGUCAGAUGGAUGAAUGCGGCCGGCGCUGUGCAGGUUAGCACACGGUUCUACGCGAAAUCAGUGAAAAACGCGUCUUUUUGUGAAUUUACAAUAUCGGAAUCGGAUUCACCGUCGCAAAUUGACCCACAAUCACAUUUUUUUUUGCAGUGGUACCGAUUCGUGGACGACGGAACGAUCAAGAUUGAGCUGGUUGCGGCGAAAAUCAGUAUUGUUUGCUUCCCAAACAGACAGGUAAUCUGAAGCGCAGCCCACACCUACAAUAAUCGCUAUUCUAGUUGGAAGUGAAACGGCCGGCCGACAACGUGACAGUGAUCAGCCAGAAUCGGGCGGAAAUCCGCACCGAGCUGAUGCACCAUGGCAGCGGAUACCGUUAUGUCGAAACGUUAGUUUUUAGGCCGCAUUCUGAUCAAUUUCGACGGGCAUCGUUUUCAGAUUCAAUCGGAAUGGUGAAGUGGUCGCCCGGGACUUCUGUGGACCCGAUGUCAUCAAAAAGUGAGUGAACAUUAAACAUUUUCGUCAUGCAAACCUGAAAAGUUACAAUUUUUGCAACUAGAAGACGUUUUGCAACCAUUUUGCAACCAAUGUCCUGCCAAAAUCCGUACUUUCGACGAAUGCUGAAUAUUUCGCGGUUGCCAAGUGUCCACGGUUGCGAAAUGUCUUCUUCGACACGUUGUCUUUCAGGUACACGGCCGGAGUGCCGACGUCGUUCCGAAACGGUGAAUCGCGGCGCGUCGACGUGUUCGCAUUCGACGACUUUGAGCUCGUGGAGCCGGAAUUCCGUCUGCGGUGGUACAAAGGCGAGGCGGUCGUCGUGAAGGCGUUGGGACGGCCGAUGACCGGCGAAAAAGUGAUUCGGAUGGAGUUUUCGCCGAAAAACGGCACCGGAACGAUGGAAGCGGUCGAGAACGAAGUGAUCGAUAACAAAGUGGUGAAGACCAAAAUUAUGCAGUGGUGA